AUGGCGUCUUCAUCUUCAGGCGAGCUGAGCGUGGACGACUUCGUGCUCAUGAUGGCGGACGCCCUGACGGAGACGACGCAUUGGGGCAGCCUGAAGACCGACGUGGCCGGAUACGUCGGCAUCGACACCCUUCAGGAGCAGAUACGGAAGAAGGUCCUCAGGCGAGGGUUCGAGUUCAACAUCGUCGUAGUCGGAAGAAGUGGCCUUGGAAAGUCAACGCUCAUCAACACCCUCUUCAAAGCGAACAUCAGCCGGAGAUCGUGCACGAAAAAAGGAUCCGAAGGAACAGAGCCGGCCCCCUACAUCAUUCCCAAGACAACCGAAGUCAAAUCAGUGAGCCACGUGAUUGAAGAGAAGGGCCACACGCUUCGGCUGACUGUCACAGACCGCCAGGCUUUGGUGACCAGAUUAACAACGAGAACUGCUUCCCGGGGUGUGUAG